AUGGCAAAUCAUUUCAAUUUUCUUUCAAUCAUUCUUAUUCUAGCUAUAAUCUUUAUCAUAUCUCUUUCAAACCUAGAUGUCAUUGAAUCCAGCAAUGGUAGUCUCACUAUUGAUCUCAUCCAUCGUGAUUCACCAUUCUCUCCAUUAUAUAAUCCUUCUGAAACAUCUUGGCAACAUUGGCAAAAGUCCUUCCUUCGAGGAAUAAACCAUGUUGCUGCAGAUGUUCUCCCUGACAAAGGUCAGUACCUUGUCAAAUUCUCGAUCGGUACGCCACCCGUCGAAGUCCAUGGAAUUCUUGAUGCAGGUAGUGAUCUUAUUUGGACACAAUGUGCACCAUGUCCAGGGUGUUACAAGCAAAUACUUCCUCUCUUCGAUCCUACUAAAUCAUCAACAUAUAAAGACCUUCCAUGUCAAAACAAAAUGUGUGAAGAGCUAAGUCCAAACCCUUGUAGUAGAAGCAAGAAUUGCCAAUAUGGUUAUGGAUAUGGAGGUGCACAAUAUACCAAAGGAAAUCUCGCCACCGAUACGUUCACCUUCGGUUCCUUAUCGUUACCAAAUAAGGUAUUCGGUUGUGGUCACAACAACUCAGGUACCUUCGACGAGCGAGGUACAGGUAUAGUAGGCCUUGGUUUGGGUUCGAUGUCGAUGAUUACCCAAUUAACUUCAACAUAUGGUUUCAAGUUCUCGUACUGUUUGGUGCCAUUAAGUGCCCCAACUGUUACAAGUAAACUUACCAUUGGUAAUGAAGCUGUGGUUUCAGGUUCCGGAACUGUUUCGACACCUUUAGUAGUUAAACCUAAGGAUACAUUUUACUACGUGACCCUUCAAGCAAUGAGUGUUGGGAACACAAGAUUGCCUUAUGAUCAUGCAUUGAGUCCUAAUGGGAGCAAAGAAGGUAACCUCAUCAUUGAUACUGGUGUUCCUCCUAUAUUGAUCCCAACCCAGUUUUACAAUCAGAUGGUAGUAGCAGUAAAGGGUGCAAUUAGUGGUCAACCUCUUACCAACAAGGGAACACAGUUAUGUUAUUCGAGUAAUACUAAAAUUGAUGUGACGAUCACGGCGCAUUUCACUGGUGCUGAUGUACAAUUGAAGCCGGAAAACACAUUUGUUAGUACUCCGGAUGGAUCGGUUUGCUUCGCCAUGAAUCCGGACAAUAAUAUUGCCAUAUUUGGCAACUUCGCUCAAAUGAACUUUUUGAUUGGCUAUGAUCUUGCAAAUAAGAUGCUAUUCUUCAAGCCAACUGAUUGUACCAAACCACAGUAG